AAUUAAAAAUAUUAUUAUACCUACCUAAAAAAAAAGUACAACAACAUGAAUACCCGACUUUGGCGCGCUGGCGUGAAAACCAAUCACAUAUCGAGCUACUCGUCACUCGAAUCACGUGAUCGGUUUUUGUUCGCUCGUAUUGUGUUUGAAAGUCAUGGACGCGCUUAUACUUGUAUCCGCACGUUGAUUUCUCUACAACAUUUAAUAAAUCUGAAUGCACAAAUUAAUGGUGUAGAUGCAGGAAUCAUCAUGCCGAAAUUUGCAGCCACAAGGCAACUUAGCAAUAAUCGUUAUGGGAAUAACGAAAUUCGUGAAUGUGGUGUGAUUCAAUCAUCAGAAUCAAACGAAUUACACGAAUCACAGUUAAAUCAAGAGCAUGCCAGAGUUUCUUCUUCAAUGAGUAACACAGAUGUAACUAUAGUACAAGGGAAUAAUAAUCGUAAAAAAAAUACGAAGAAGAACAAUAAAAAACGACGUAGUCUUAAAUACAAACCAAUGAUUUUGAGGUCCAGGAGGAUGUACAAUAAAACAUUGGUCAAUAACACUUAUUUCAAUGAAGUUCAUCCUUCAUUUGAUAAGGAUGAGUUAGGUACAGAUAAUUCUAACAUUUUGGAUUAUGUAGUGAUCAGUGAAGAAUAUGAUUCUCUAUCUAAAUCAACAAGUUCUGUAUCCGAUGUACCAUCUGCGAUAAUAAGCGACAUUGUACAACAAAAAACUAUUAAUAAUAUCGAUAAACAAAAUGGAAUUUCAAAAAGUUAUAAUUUUAAUAUCUAUGUAGAAAAUGGAAAAGUAAGUGAUAUUCCAGACAGCAACAGUUGCAAUGUUAGUGUACAAAAUAAAAGUCAAGAAAUCAGAGUAAAUACACCAUGUUUUGAUGAACUUUCCAUAGAAGAAAAAACCAAUCCCUUAUUUAUAGCAAUCAUUGGAGAUGGAUAUCCAAAUUGUGAACCGAUAACUAACUUGCAUUUUCAAUCUCUUGAUAGAGCAAUACAAAUGAGGCUUGAGAAUUUAAAAGGUGGCUCAUUCAUACCUAGAUUUGAGUAUGCUUACAUAAAAAAUAAUUCAGUAAUUGUUAAAUGUGCAGAUGAAUUAUCAAAACAUUGGAUAGCAAAGCAUAUAAGUAAAAUUCAUCCCUGGCCAACAGCAAAAUUGAAAGCAGCAUGUAUGGAUUUGAUGGAUAGAGCAUAUUAUCGUCACAUAGCUGGGAAAACAACUCUAUUCUUGCCCAAUGAAGAAUCUGCAAUCACAGUACUGUAUAGACUUCAGAAUGAAAAUCCCCAACUGGACUUGGCAAGUUGGAAUAUUAGCACAGAGGAAGUAUAUAAAAAAGGACAUAAAAAGGGGUUUCUGAUACAUUUUGGUAUCCCAUUUUCAUCAUUAAAAAUUUUGGAAAGCAUGAACUUCAAACUUUUCCUAGGAAUGAAACAAGUUUUCAUGAAUGUAAAAUUGUAUUGAAGAGCACUCACCUCCAAAUUUUCAUCAAGAGUAACAAGCCAUCGAGGUUCCAUCGCAAGUGCCAGGCAGUACAUGAGAUAAUGGGACUUUCCCAGUAUUAGAUUCUUACAAUCCAAGAACGAUACCAGAACCACGAGUAGUCCAGCCAAUGAUGCCUGAUCGAGUACUUUUGAAGAGAAUUUCAGAGGUUGCAAGGUAAUCGUGCCCUGAAAAGUGACGUUUUUAUUGCUAUUAUUAAGUUUGUUUACAUUUAAAAUGUAUUUUUAUGCCUAAAACCAGAUUCAUCCAUAUAAAUUAUUUUAUAUAUUCAUAAUA